CCGACUGAGCGCUCGCUGGUAAUGGCUGCGCGCGUACGGAGGAUGGUGGUGGUAGCUUCUGUUUGUAUCAUUAGUACGAAUACAUGUGUCAUCUAUUGCGGUGGGUUGCUCACGAAGAGGUCUCAUGUUGCAUUGGCCAUACUGUGUCGCAGGACGUUGCCGAAGCCAGGCGGGCCUUAAUCACGUCCACUCGCUCACGAUCACGUGCAUCAAGUGAGUGCAACAACAUCCUUACGUCCAAUUCGAUCGUUGUUCCGGCCGUCGACUCAAUCAACAUGGUAUUCAACAGACAGGAGGCGUGUCGAAGAUGGGAGUGUGCGAAGUAUUCUCAUUCUUGAAAAGACUGGGGACAGCAGCUCGAACAGCUUAGCCAGUUCCAAGCCGAGCAAAACGGCGUCCCAAAAGGCGGCCAUGUGAACGGCUAACAACGCUGCCGC